AUGGGAAAUGUAAACAAAACUAUAUUUAAAAGUGAUGAUUCAAUAGUCAUACCCCAGGUUCUAUAUAGUGAUAACAUAGGUUCAAGUUCAUAUAAUAGAAUAGGAUAUAACGGCAUGAGUUCUAGUGUGAGUAAUAGUAAUCAUAUAUCAUCAUCGAUAAAACAACGACAGUUAAGUCAUUUGAAUUCUCAAAUCGCUCAAUUACAUGCUAAUUUAAAUGACUUUAAUGAUUUAAUACAAAUUACAUGCAAUCAAUAUCAAUCCAUAGAGAAGUUGGGAAAGAUCCAUGCUGGAUUAUUCAUGGCUAGUCAUUCUGUCUUUGAGAACGAUAACUUCAAUACCAAUGAAGAAGAACCAGAAACUCAACCCCAAGAUGAUGAUUAA